AUGUUCGGCUGGGGCCCUGGCUUGGCCCUACCUUCCACCUCCUCGGAGCCCGAGAAAGAACGCAAGCCUCCCGCCGACGCAACCCCGCUUGACUUCCCCGUAUACAACCUUCCCGACCCCGUAUGCGAAGAACAAUGCUCUCUCCAAGAACUCUUCGGCCUGUUGGCCUCCAUCAAACGCCCCCAAGAUAUCUCUCUCGACAGGUUUAAGCCCUUGAACCUGCAACUCCAGACCGAUGUCGAUGUGAAGCAAAUGUUCCCCGAAGACCAGGCUCGGUCUCUUGCUCCGCUGCCCUGGGAAAACCAGCCGGAGAUCCUGCCUGGUGGUGAAGCACCCACACGGCCAGACAUGAGCAAUGGCCUCCCUUAUCCUCCCAAAGAACGCUUCGAAACCCUUCAGAGCGAAUUGAUGCUGGACAAUGAUGAUACAUUCCGCGAGAUGGCCCGACUGCCCGCACGUGAGGGCCGCCCACGAGUUCGCAUCACCCAGACCAGGAAGUUUUGGACGGGAUUGGAGCGAAUGGCUCAGUACUGGGACACCAGUCUUGACCAAUACUUUGAACGUCCUGCUUCGCCAUCGUCGCCACCAUCCGAUGCCGAAUCCAAGGAGGAUAAGAUGCAGACUGACAAUGCCGCCGACUCAACGGAUUCAGCGAUGGAUGUGGACAAAUCGGAGGUGGAUGCCAAUGGAGUGUCUCACCCGACCGUGAAGAUGUAUACUGGCCGCCGUAUUGGAUCCGGCACGGAGAUGCCCGACGACGUGCGGGAGGAGGCCAUUCGAGCCUUUGUAGAGAUGGCGGCUUGGCCCUUUGGGUGCCAGGUCUGUGUGCCGACGCUGCCGCCGCGAUUGACGGUCAAGAGCUUGCUCUUCCCGGUGCGGCAGUCCUUCCAGGCCGCUCGAUCCCCACGAGACCGCCAAAUCGCCCGCAGCGGCAUUCUGGAGGGACCCCUCCUCAUCGCCCAGUGUCGCCCGGAGACUACUUUCCGGGCCAUGGGCGAUGAGUCGGGCUCAGGAAUCGGAGAGGUCUGCGAUCUGUUCCGUGAGGUCGGUGGGAUGCUACUGGCGGCCCAGGAACGGGCUCGCCAGGGAGAAAUUGAGAUGCGCCCCGGAGAAGGGAAAUGGUGGACAACCACCCCACGUUUUGGCGGUGCGCCUAAUGACGGGAUCUUGGAAGAUCUCGUCAAGGGACAGGGAUUGGGGUUGCACGGGAUGCCCUUGCCCGAGGAAAUGCUCGAAGAAAGCAAGCCCACGCCCCCAGCACCUGUCCCCGAUGUCGAGAGCGCUCGCAAACGCCACAAGUUCGAGCACCCAUUCGUGACCUCCUUGUCACGUCGCCCCAGUGCAAUGCGAAAGCUCUCCAGUGGUGAGAAGUGGCAGAUUCUGCAACCCGGAGUCAGUCUGUGGGAUAAGCGCAUGCGAUACCAACAGAUUGGAAAGGCUCCGGACAGUGCUUAUGAUGAUAUCUACAUGGUUUCGUCAAUCAACCACCACAUCUCCAUCCUGCACCUCCGAGUCCACAGACGGUACCUAGAGAUCCUCACGUUCGGCAAGAGUGACAUCCCCGCCGACACUGCCGACGCAGACCACCCCUGGCACGUUCUGAAGCUCCAACGCAGCAAGUGGUACGACCUCUUUGAUGCCAACGACCGCGUGGAGGGACUGAAGUGUGUCUGGGCUCUUUUCCACUACCAGUCCAGAAAGAUUUAG